CUAUGUAGACUUAUCGGUGACGUAUCUAGACAUUUUCCUACAGAAUUGCUCUAUUUCCUGGUCACUUGGCCCAUUCCGGUAUAUCUCUUCGAACCUACAGCCUUGUUCCUUCCGCUAUCUUUUCUCUUCUUUCCUGAUCUCUUUUUCGGAGCUCCUUGGCGUUGUUCGGGUCUUCUGACGUGUUAAUGCUGCUCUCGCCUCGUAGUUGAGCUUCCGGAGAGCUCCAAUGAGCACGCUCAAGGGCGGAUGGUCCACGUCUACGAGGACCGUGAGCCGUCUGAAAAACUUAUACAUCAUGCACUUGAAAAGCCCCGUGGUUAUUGAUUACCUGUGGAAUGCUUCUGCUGAGUUUGUGGUCCGCAGUUCCUCAAGCCCCCAUUUGCACCACACAUCUUUGAAGAAUCCUCGCAACCAUGUCUCUUGGAAGUAGCGCAGAAAAUCUUGGCAUUUUCCAUAAGCGGCGUGGUCCGUGGGGACGGGGGGAGUUUGGGGAGCCCUCACCCGUUGCAGCAGUGGUCGGGGAAGAAAUAUCACCCCUUUCACUAUUUCCCACCACUCUGUGGGUGGCUCCUCCCUUUCCAGUCCAUGGAUGUAUCGUCUCAGCCCCAAAGAAUCUCUUUUGCGAUUUAA